CCACACAUAGCAACGAUUUUGUUACUGUCAAAAAUAAAGUUUGGAAGUAACAAGCUUUAUUAGCUUUCCUGUUAAAACCAAAAAAGUGGAUUUAAAAAAAUCGCUAAUUCUGCCAAGAUACGCCAUUGGAACUAACUUUUAGAACCGGAAUCAGUGAAAUUACGAGAAACACUAUAUUUGCUUUUGGAAAAUCAGUUCAUAUUGUAUUGAGUAUUUCAAGCUGUUUUUGCUAGAAAUAUGAAUUCGCCAUCUUUAAGUGUUCUUUUGAUUGUUUUAAUAUUUCAUGGAAUUCAGACAUUAGAAACAAUUCCGAACGGACCCAUUGUGGAAUUACCUCAAGGGAAAGUUCAAGGUAGUUACAAGAAGUCGUAUAGGAAUAGAACGUUUUCAGCUUUUGAAGGAAUUCCCUACGCAAAACCACCAGUUGAAGACUUACGUUUCAGGGAGUCAAUCCCUGCAUCUAAUUGGAGUGGCAUAUUAAAUGCCACCAACCAUUAUGAAUGCUUACAUUAUAUGCCAUUUGCAUUUGUUCGAGGAAUUAGAGGAACUGAGGAUUGCCUCUAUGUUUACGUGUAUGUCCCAGGAGAUAAAGUAGAUCCUAACGCAUUAUUGGAUGUUAUCGUACACAUUCAUGGAGGUGCUUUUAUGCUAGGCGCUCCAAAAUAUAUGGCAGGUCCCGAAUUUUUAAUGGACCGUGAUGUUGUUGUUGUUUCGUUUAAUUACCGUUUGGGAAUUUUAGGAUUUUUAAGUACCGAGGAUGACGUAGUGCCCGGAAAUAAUGGACUCAAAGAUCAGAGCUUAGCUCUAGAUUGGAUUAGUUCUAAUAUUAAAUAUUUCGGAGGUAAUCCUGCCUCUAUCACAUUGACUGGACUUUCAGCGGGUGCCGCAAGUGUGCAUUUUCAUUAUUUUUCACCGUUAUCCAAAGGUUUAUUUCAUAGAGGAUUUUCCCAAAGUGGCACAGCGUUAUUAUGUUGGGCUCUGGCAGAAAACCCGUUGGAAAAAGCUCGAGCAGUGGCGAAAAACAUAAGUUGUCCUACGUUGUCCACUGAAAAAAUGGUAGAAUGCCUUCGAUCUAGCGAUGCUCGUAAACUGAUAAAUGGAAUACGAACUCUUUUCGUUUACCAAGAUAUAGUGCCUAUUGCACCAUUUGGACCUGUUAUAGAGAAUAUUUCGACGAAUGCUUUUCUCAGUCAGCACCCUUACAAGUUGUUGCAGGAAGGAAACGUGUAUGACGUGCCCUGGAUUUCGUCCAACACCAAAGACGAAGGCUUGUUUCCAGUAGGAUUUAUAGCAGCUUCUAAAACAUAUGAAGAAAUAGAAGACAAAUGGUACGAUAUUAUGCAGUAUGGUUUAGAACUACAAUAUACUGUGGAACCACACUUACAGAAAGAUGUAUUGAGAAGAAUAAAAAAAUAUUAUUUUAAAAAUGAUCCUAUUUCCGCCGACAACAUGGAAUCUUUCGUAAAUCUCGUUACAGACAGAAUGUUUUCGAUAGACACAGAAAAAGCUAUACGGAUGCAGGCACAUGCAGCAAAAUCUGAUAUUUAUUAUUAUAUUUUCGCAUAUAAUCUGGAAAUGCCGCAUUUUCCUCCCGGAAUGCCUAAGGGGGCAGCGCAUGGAGAUGAUGCAAGACUGCUGUUUAAAAUGUUCAUGACCCCUUCAGUACCCAAAAAGAAGGAUGAAGAGAUGAUGAACUUUUUUAUUGAUUUUUUGGUCGGUUUUGCUAAGAGUGGUGUUCCCUCUAUGAACAAAGUGGAAUGGCUACCGGUAAAACCGGAAGAUUCCAAUAUCAAUCUUUUGCAAAUAAAUGGCCCUGAAAAUAUAAUAAUGAAAAGUGUUACCGAAUUGGGACCCAACUCUUUUUGGAGCAGUUUGCCAAUUAAUGAAAUCGAGAAUGCCGCAUCCAAAUGUAAUGGCUUCAUUCCCACAUAUACCUUCAUGGCUUUUAUGUUAUCGAUUACAUUCUUUUGUUCUGAAUUAUUUACAGUAUAAGCAGUAAUAUAUAAUUGUUAA